AUGAGACACGGCGCCGGAGCGGUGCCACUGCUGCUCAACAUGUACCUGCCAGAUCCAGUCGGAGAAACUUUGUUCAAAGACGGGAAGAGCCAGGCGUGGGGGUCUCUCAGCCCAGGCGUGCAGAAAGGCAGUGGGCAGAUCCAGCUGUGGCAGUUCCUGCUGGAGCUGCUCUCCGACCGUGCCAACCUGAACUGCAUCGCCUGGGAAGGCACGAACGGGGAGUUCAAGCUGAUCGACCCCGACGAGGUGGCGCGGCGCUGGGGCGAGCGCAAGAGCAAGCCCAACAUGAAUUACGACAAGCUGAGCCGGGCGCUGCGCUACUACUACGACAAGAACAUCAUGACCAAGGUGCACGGCAAGCGCUACGCCUACAAGUUCGACUUCCACGGGCUGGCGCAGGUGUGCCAGCCGGCCGCCCCCGACCACGCCCUCUACAAGUUUCAGGGCAACCUGGCCCCGCUGCCCUUCUCUGGCAUCUCCAAACUCAACCUCAUGACCUCGAGCGUGACGCCGGCUGGCUUCUCCUACUGGCCUGGCUCCAGCCCAUCUCUCUACCCUGGGCACGGGCUGCAGCCCUCUGCCCCGUUCAGUGCCAUGGCAGCCUCUCACCUCAACAACAUGAACAACCACUACCACUAG